AUGAAGCAAGACAAGACUGCUAUGCCAUAUGCCUGGUACUGGCAAGGCAAACCACUUCGGACUGGUCUUGCCCAGGGCGAGAAGAUCAGACCCGUCUGUACCGGAUCACAUAUCCUUCAGCCUCCCGAUCACUGUGCGCCUGACCGACCGUGCUGUCCUCCCAAUGUCCCGGACAAACCAUCCUGUCCCUGCGGACAUGGUAACAACACCGAACCCUACCAAUGGGUCCCAGAGACGCCGCAGCAGAAACCAAACGCCCGCUCUCCUGAAGCGCAGCCAAGACAUGGCGGUCCGGAAGGCCACCAAAGUCAACCCCCCAGCUGUUCCACCUCUCAGCGUCCCCCGGCCUUCACCUGCCCAGACUGUCCAUACGACACUCUCCGCCCAGAGCCCUGCUCUCUAGACAGAUACUGCACAGCCGAAAGCAUCUCCUCACCCCAUCCUUGUCUUCCGGGAGAUUCAUGCUGUCAGACGCCCCAAGACAUCCCAUACCCAGCAACCAGAUGCAAAUUCUACCCGCCCCCUUUCCCCCAUCCCAAGCUCGAAAUGCAGUGCUGCGGCUCAACGAAAGCGAGGAGCCCUCAUCAGUCUGCACCAGUUCAGUGUCAACAGAGCUUCACCCGAUUCGAGAGCUGUGAUCGCUUCGACUGCUGCGAGGAUACCUUCUUCAGCAAGUGCGAGUAUUCCCCCGCGGAGACGGGCCAUGAAGCGGAUUUGGAUUUCGAGACGAGGUCUUAUCAUCGCCGUCGUCCAUGGAUGAAUCAUCAGCUAGAUCGCAAGUUUUAA